AUGAAUAAUAAUGAUGAUGAUGAUGCUACAUGUAGUAUAGUUGGAUUACCAGAUAUAGUAAUACUCAAUAUCAUCAGUUAUAUCGAUAACAAUGUAGAUGUCAUUUGUUUGAUGUUGACUUCGACAAAAAAUACUAUUAAGACUGAUCAUCAUAAUGCAAAUGGUCUACAAUGUGGUGGUCGUCGUCGUCGUCCCCUUCCUACUCUUUUACGGUUGUUUAAAGAUGUACGAACACUUCCAGAUGCUACUCAAUUCCCCAACAAUCAACAAAUGAAGGUAUUCCAAGAGAUCUAUGAAGCAAGUUUAUCACAAUCAUCAAGAAACAAAAAGAAAAAGUUGGUCAUCAAAAGACAGAACCUAUCAAGUAUCAAGAUAGAUGAUCAACAUAUUGAAAAGAUCAAGAUCUCCAAGUGUAGUGGUGUCAUUGAUAAAGACAACUUUCCUCCAAGCGUCGUACAGAUGGAGGUCAAUGUUGUACACAUCGAGAAAUCAACCAAUGAACGUUUUUGGUCAGCUCAAUCUCAGCCAUUUAGACUCGUUGAUCGAUCUAUGCAUGUCUUCAAUGAAUAUCUCAAAAAUUGA